AUGAAGUUUGCUAAAACUCUUGAACGUACUUUGGCCGAAGAACAAAUGCCUGAAGAAUGGGUAGAAGCAGCUAUUCAAUAUAAAGCAUUAAAGAAAUGUAUCAAUAAAGUAGUUAAUGAAUUGAAUUUCUUAGGAUUAGAAAGAAAAACCCUAAAAUUAUUAGUUAAAGAUCAUGAUGAUAACAUUGUUGAAUUAACUGCCAAAGAAACCAAUCCUUCCAAUCCAAUAAUUGCAGAAUAUAUCCUAACGAAAUCAAAUGAUGAUCCUGAAUGUCGAGUUAAACCUAUGUUGAAAAUCGUAUUAGAUUAUUCUAAUGAAAAUUAUAGUGAUGUUCGGAUUUCUGAAAUGGGUUUAAAGAUAAAACAAAAAAUUGAAGGAAUCUUAGAUGAUGAAGAUUUAUUUGAUAAUAGUCAUAUUGAUAAAGAAUCUAUAUUUGAUGGACAUUUUCUGAAUAAGGAAGAAACGGAUAGGAUUAUUGAACUUACUGAAGAUAAUGGGGGCAUAGUUGCUCGUAGUCGAGAAGGAUCUAAAUCUCCUCCUGGAUCUCCACCCUUAAAUCUGAUUGAUCAAGAGAUUGGAAACAUUGAUUCUGAAGUAUUGACACCCUUGGAAACGCCUCGUCCUUCCAGAAAGCAUGAGAUUUGUAUUAUGUUAAAUUCAGAUUCGAAAUUUUUUAGAAUGCUAGAUGAAGAAUUAAGAAAUCUUGAUAGAUUACGACAAAAUGAAGAAGCUAAAAUUAUUAAUGAAGUUCAAGAAAUUGCCAAAUUUGUCAACUCCGCCAGAAAUAAUCAAGCUGAAUUAUACAAAUGGAGAGAACUUUUCAGAAUAUAUAUUGAUUCAGAAGUGUAUUUCAAAUAUAAUCAAAUGUCAAUGCCUGCCUCGCAACGAAAUGGUGAACAAAUCAAAAAGAAUCUUGAUCAUUUUAUAGAAAAUGUGGAGAAAUCUGGAGUAUUAACACAUUUAAAACGAAAGCAAACCGUGGCAGUAUUUAAUAAAUUUGUGGAAAUGAAUUAUCAUUUAUGGAAAGUUCUUGAAUUCCAAUCAAUUAAUAAUGAAGCAUUUAGAAAAAUUCUUAAAAAAUUUGAUAAACAAACUUCAUUAGGUAUAAAACAUACAUUCCCAAAAUUGAUAUCUAAUGAUCAUAUAUUCAUGACUGGAACUUCAUUAGCGCAAUCUAUUUGUUAUAUAAUUCAAAAUCAAGUAUUAGACGUCAUCCCCCAACUAGACGAUUAUUCCUGUCCAAUUUGUAUGAGUAUAGCCUAUAAGCCAAUCAGAUUAGUAUGUGGACAUCUAUUUUGUGUGCGAUGUUUAGUAAAACUGAAACAACAGAAUAAAACAAAUUGUCCAAUUUGUCGACGUCCUGAUGCUAUAUUAGAAGCUGAUUCUUCUAAUUUGGAUGAAGAAUCUAUGGAAUUAAUGAAGAAAUAUUUCCCGAAAGAAGUGAAAGAAAAACUUAAAGAAAGAGAUAGAGAAAGAUAUAAUGAAUUAAAGAAUAAUUCACAUGGUGAAAAAUGUGUAGUUAUGUAG